AUGGAGCUUGGAGCUACAUGCAGAACAAGUAGGUUUACUUCAUAUGAGAGGCUGGUGGUAAUAGGCUUGGCUCUUCUAGCUGUGCUUUCUCCUCUCUAUAUUGACCGGAAACUGGAAAGUGAUGAAGAACCUGAGGAGGAGCCCUUCAGUCUUGUUUCUUGGUUGCCUCUGCUGCUCUUGGUGUUGAUCUUGGCCAUUGUUUUGUCACAUUACUUAGAUCAGAGCUGUAGCAGGUUUGAUCCUUAUUGGAUUCACAGAGUUGGUGGCUCUUCUUGUGGUAUCAUUUUGAUUCUCUUGGUGCUUAUACUGGUUUUGAAGUGCAAAGGUUCUGUAAAGAACUGGGAGGCCUGGCUUAAAUGA